AUGGUGGGCUUUGGCGGCGGUGGAGGCGGGGGCGGAGUUGGAGGUGGGGGCGGGGUGGGCGGUGGGCUUCUGGAGAACGCUAACCCCCUCAUCUAUGAGCGUUCUGGGGAGCGGCCUGUGACGGCGGGCGAGGAGGACGAGCAGGUUCCGGACAGCAUAGACGCGCGCGAGAUUUUUGAUCUUAUUCGCUCUAUCAAUGACCCGGAGCAUCCGCUGACACUAGAAGAAUUGAACGUAGUAGAGCAAGUUAGGGUUCAGGUUAGUGAUCCUGACAGCACAGUGGCCGUGGCCUUUACACCCACCAUUCCACACUGCAGCAUGGCCACCCUUAUUGGCCUGUCCAUCAAAGUCAAGCUCCUGCGCUCCCUUCCCCAGCGUUUCAAGAUGGAUGUGCACAUUACUCCAGGGACCCAUGCCUCGGAGCAUGCAGUGAACAAACAGCUUGCAGAUAAGGAGCGGGUGGCAGCUGCCUUGGAGAACACUCACCUGCUGGAGGUUGUGAAUCAGUGUCUGUCAGCCCGCUCCUGAGCCUGGAUUUGACCUUCACCAUGUACCAGUGUCCUAACCUCAGCUUCACCUGGAGCUCAUGGCUUUGUUUUCUUGAAUCAGUGACAACAAGGAUCUAACAUUUUGCUUUUUGUAAUAAAUCCUUAAUUUAUAUUCAUUUCC